CCUAAUUCACCGAAACCUCGAUUCUUUUCUUCCGGCGAUUUUUCUUCUCCGGGCGAUUCUUGUUAUCCGGAGGCGAUUUUCUGGGCGAUUCUUAUUCUCCGGGCGUUAACCUUCGCUGUCUCCUCCGUCGAUCAACGGAAAGCCUCCUCCGCUGUGUUCCAUCACUGGAAAGUCUCCUCAGCUGAGUUCCAUGUCUCCUCCGUCGAUCACCGGAAACCCUCCUCCGCUGAGUUUGAUCACAGGAAACCCUCCUCCGCUCAGUUUGAACACAGGAAACCCUCCUCCGCUGAGUUUGAACACAGGAAACCCUCCUCCGCUCAGUUUGAUCACAGGAAACCCUCCUCCGCUGAGUUUGAACACAGGAAACCCUCCUCCGCUCAGUUUGAUCACAGGAAACCCUCCUCCGCUCAGUUUGAUCACAGGAAACCCUCCUCCGCUCAGUUUGAUCACAGGAAACCCUCCUCCCCAGAGUUUGAUCACAGAAAACCCACGUCCGCUGAGUUUGUUCACAGGAAAGCCUCUUCCACUGAGUUCAAUCACUGGAAAGCCGGUGAUCGUAAGGGUUAAACGGAAGGCCUCCCAAUCAAAACUUGACUCCUUCUGGUUGGAGAUUAAUGAAAGGCCACAUAAAAAGGCAUUCUUAGGUCUUGGAAAUCUCUCCAUAUCUGAUUGCGGCACAGGAAAAGUUCUCAAUGAGCUUGCAAGUGAGAAGAUGUUAGUUCAGCAUCUUGAGACAGUUGGGCACUCCCAGUCUGUCAAAGAUGUGUUGCAUUCUUUUCUGCAGCAACUUUCCAGAAAUAUAAAAGAAGUUAAGGGGAGAUCUAAGGAGCGUAGAAGUUUGUAUAAACCUGAUAAGAAACAUAAUCAAUUGCGGGCCAAGGCUAUAAAAGAGCAUGAGGAUCUUGCUAGAAGUGCUCGAUUUGAACAAAUAUGGAAGAAGAGGGGAAGCAUGGAUGCAGAAGAAUGUUCUUUGCAUGAAAAGUGUCAUUUGUAUGAUGUUGUUCAAGUUGAUGCCGAAGAUGAAACUCACCAAAGGGUGCCAAAGUCCAAAGUUGCUCCUGAGGCUGAUGGUGCAAUUUUGGAUAAGUAUUUACCACUUCUAUGGGAAAUCCUUCCACAAGUAGCUGAACAGAUUGAACAUGACAGAGCAACUACAGAAGAUAACUUUGUUUACGACAUAUAUACCACGGGCGUUGGUGUGGAUACAGACACGGAUAACAUUGAUGAAUAUCCAUUGGUGCAAGUUUAUAUAGAGGAUGAUUAUUAUGAUGGUCCGUCACAAUCUGAUUAUGAAAGUGAUGAUUCAAAUGGUAUGACUAUAUCUUUUCUUUCCUUUUAAUUUGACUCAUAUUAAAGUUGUUAAAUAUUAAUACUUGUUUAUUUGCAGCUGAGAACAAUCCAUGGAAAUAAACAAAGUGAAAAUAUUAAUUUCACAAUUUAAAAGUUGAUAAGAUAAUAUGCUAUGAACGUUAAAAUAAAAUAUUUUCUUGUGAUAACAUUAUUAUUUUUGAAGCCAAAAUUUACAUUAUUUGAAGUCAACACUUUCUGUAGAUUAAAAAUGAAUGUAUAUCAAUACGAUUUGAUCCCCUACUCCCAUUAGGGCUCCAUUUUAAUUUUUAAUUUUUUUUUUUUUUGAUAUUUAAGAAUUGAGUCUUAGUUUCUAUUAAUUAAUGGAUAUAUUUUUCUUGAUAGAAUCAUCAAAUAAAAAAUCAUCCUAAAAAUGCUGAUCUAUUUUCUAUUAAUUAAUGGAUAUAUUUUUCAAACUUAUUUAUUUAAUUAAUUUUAUGCAAAUUAAAUGAAUAUAAAUAAACAUUUGGUUCAUUUACGUCUGCACAUCUAACUUUAUUAAAUAGUUUUUUUUAAAAUAAAAAUUAAUCCAUUUUGAAUUCUUUUUUAUAAAAUAUAAUAUAACAUAUUUAUCAUUUUAAAAAUACUCUAAUUCCAAUAAAAUUGAAAAGUUAAUAAGAUAAUAUGCCACUAUGUAUGAACGUUAAAAUAAAAUAUUUUCUUGUGAUAACAUUAUUAUUUUUGAAGCCAAAAUUUACAUUAUUUGCAUUUCUGAAGUCAAAACUUUCUAUGGAUUAAAAAUGAAUGUAUAUCAAUACGAUUUGAUCCCCUACUCCCAUUGGCCAAGAGGAAAGUAGGGCCCAUCUCAAUUUUUUAAUUUUUAGACAUUUAAGAGUCUUAGUUUGUAUUAUUAAUUAAUGGAUAAUUUUAUAUUUUUUUGAUAGAAUCAUCCUAAAAAUAUUGAGCUAAUAGAUCAUUCGUUGUAAGUACUUUUUAUUUAUCCUAAUUACAAGUGGAAAAUUUUUAUAAAUAUUAUUUACGAACGUUAUUCAUGAAUAUUAUUCACAAAUAUUAACAAGUUGAACAUAUAUGUGUUCAAACUUAUUUGUUUAGUUUAACGAAGUUGUUCAAACUUAUUUAUUUAAUUGAUUUUAUGUGUAUUGAACGAACAUAAACAAACACUAACGUUCGGUUCAUUUACGACCCUAGCACAUCUAACUUUAUUAAAUAUUUAUUUAAAAAUAAAAAUUAACCCAUUUUAAAUUCUUUUUUUUAUAAAAUAUAAUACAAUAUAUUUAUCAUUUUAAAAAUACUCUAAUUUCAAUAA